AUGCAGCGAACGCGUGAGACCGUUGUGGAGAACUGCACAGCGAGCGGCGGCCGUCGCAGACAUGAGAUGCGGCGAGCGAGCGCCGCCAUCGCGGAGGGCGGCGCGGCGAACCUGCGCGGCUGGCGUGGCGAGCUCGCGGCCAGCACUGUGUGCGUGCACGGCCAGUGCGGAGGGUGGCGUGGCGAGCGGGCGGCCGCGGCUGGAGCAAAGGUCGGCACAGUGAGUGGGGCAGCCGGCGCCGUGACGAUGGGUCUCCUUCCAAGAGGCGCACUCCAGGAGAGGACACGAGGACAUUUCCACCAUUUUAUUGACAAAGAAAGAAAAAAAAAGCUAAUGGCGAGAAGCAUUAAUUCAGAUUAUAUUAAUUUUUCACAUAUGGGUGGAUUCGACAUGGGCAUCGGUUUUAACGGAUUUGAGGAAAAUGUGAAAAAGUUCAUGGAGCUCCCGAUCAAGUAUCUUGAUUCGGCUCAUGAUAAGGCUGUUGAAUUCAUUGAAGAUGUUCAUGCAAUAUUUUAUGGUCCCUUUACUGAUGAUGAGGUGCCAAAUAACGAUGAUUGCUAUGUUAUCACUGAAUCUUCACCAACAUCUAUUGAAAAGGAGCUAGUUGGACCAAACACUGAACCCUCAACUCCUGCAUCCUUCAUUACCAUGGAGAACAGUUCUACUGGCUGUGAUACUGAUGCUCAUCAAACUGAAUCAUUUUCAACAAAAAGUACAGGUUUAUCCUUGAUGAAUCAUGUGUACCCAGAAAAUAAUUCAUCUGAAGGAGCUCAUAUCGAAUCAAAUGAUCUGUGUAUUUUGCCUGUGGACAUCUCAACAACUAGAAUAUAUGACAGCUCCGAUGAAGUCAUUUUAUGGAAUCCAGAGACUUUUGUAAAACCACGGCGAUCACAUGAACUUACCACCAUACCUCAAGAUGAUCAUGCACCUCAUGCUUUGGAAACAGAAGUGACAGUGCAAGUUGGACUCAACUGUUCUGGACAUUCAGGCAAAUACCUUGUAACCUCAUUUUAUCCUUAUCUAUAA